AUGUCUGGUUUUGGCAGUACCGGCUUCGGCGGCUUCGGCUCGACCAAUAAUCAGCAAUCGACUGGCUUUGGAGGAUUCGGGGCCAACAACAACACAAGCACUACCAGUACCGGCUUCGGCUCUGGCAACACAACAAACAAUGCCUUUGGAUCCACCAGUAACACCAGUACUGGUGGCGGCUUGUUUGGUGGUGGUGGCAACACAACCAGUGCAUUUGGCGGCACGUCAUCGGGCGGCUUCGGAUCUAACACUGGCACAGCCUUCGGGGCCGCGAAACCUACCUUUGGUGCCACCCCGUCCACCGGAGGCGGCCUUUUUGGAGCCUCAAACACCACCAACAACACAGCUACGACGUCCACGGGCUUCGGCGGCUUCGGCGCCAACACGGCGACGAAUACCUCGUCCCCGUUCGGAGGAGCUUCCUCCGGUGGAGGUCUGUUCGGCGGCGCCAACAAGCCCGCUUUUGGCUCUACCACCAACACGAGUACUCCCGGUAGCACGUCGUUGUUUGGUGGUGGAAGCACGUCUGGUGGCUUUGGCACCACUACUACCGCUGGUGGUGGUUUCGGCGCAUCGAUGAACCCCGGCAUCGGCUCCAACGUCGGUGAUCCGCCAGGUACCGCUCUUACUCCUUUCCAAGCACACCAAGAGAAGGAGACUACGGGAGCAGGCAACCAGUCAAACUCAUUCCAAAACAUUCUGUUCCAGGAGCCGUACAAGAAGUGGUCGUCCGAGGAAUUGAGACUGGCUGACUACGCUCAAGGACGCCGUCACGGCAAUGCCAGUGGUACAGGAGCUUUCGGCGUUUCCAACUUUGGUAGUGGUGGAUUCGGCUCGACGACCAACCAACAGUCCUCGGGCUUCGGAACGGGCACCUCUACCGGAGGUGGUCUCUUCGGAAGCGGAAAUAACGCCACCAACACAACAUCAACAACCGGUGGUUUCAGCGGUGGCUCUACCGGAGGGUUCGGUUCUGGCGGUGGUGGUCUCUUCGGAAACAAUGCCGCCAAGCCGGCUACUGGAGGCCUCUUUGGCAGCGGCACUACAGCCACGUCGCAACCUGCUCAGUCCGGCGGGCUCUUCGGUGGCGGUACGAGCACUGGAGGCGGCUUUGGGACUACGGGCACGACCGGCGGAUUCGGCGCCACAAACACCAACACAACCGGUGGUCUUUUCGGCUCGAACACCAACAACAACGCAAACCAGAACAAAUCGACAGGCUUCAGCUUUGGAAACACUGGAGGAGCCACUACUGGUGGCUUCGGAAGCACCACAAACACUGGCUUUGGAGCGAACAACACCACAACCAACAACACCGGCUCUACGGGUGGGUUGUUUGGCAACACUGGCCAAUCUACCGGCGGUGGGCUUUUCGGCAACAACCAGUCGCAGCCCCAACAGCAGAGCACGGGCUCCGCGUUUGGUGGAGGUGGAGGCUUUGGCGCACAGCCUCAGCAGACCGGCGGUGGACUUUUUGGAAACGGCCAGCAGAAGCCGGCAACGGGCGGCGGUCUCUUUGGAGGCGGUGGGACGUCGAGCACCGGAGGAGGCCUGUUUGGCGGUGGCAACACUUCUUCGAACACCUUCGGUACUGCCAAUACCAACAACACCGGCGGUGGACUCUUUGGGGCAAAGCCAGCAACCGCCGGCGGCGGUCUCUUCGGAUCCAAUACGGCUGGCCAGAACACAAACACUGGUGGCGGCUUAUUCGGCGGCGGGUUGGGUACAAACAACCAGCAACAGCAGCAGCAGCAGCAAACCGGACAGACAUCCCUGUUCGGCGGUGGUCAAAACCAGACGAAGCCAGGUGGGCUUUUUGGCUCUUCUCAGCCUGCGGGCGGUGGCUUGUUUGGAGGACAGAACACGCAACAGCAGGGCUCCUUAUUUGGAAACAACAGCCAACAGCAGCAACAGCCCCAGAAUUCAUUCCUCGGCGGCUCACUCCUGGGAAAUUCCCAAGGUGUCAACUCCGGUCCUCAAUCCCUCACGGCUAACAUCAACGAUGUGUCUGCGUAUGGUUCGCCCUCCUUGUUCUCCAACCUCGGAGGGUCUGAGACGCCCAAUCCAGGUCCGCUUGCUACGCCCCUCUCUAGCAAAUCCAAGCCCAGACGCAGCUCCAUUCUGCCCAUGUACAAGCUGAAUCCUGCUUCAGCCGCUCGUUUUGCGACUCCUCAGAAAAGAGGUUUCGGAUUCUCUUACAGCACGUAUGGUACUCCUGGUGGCAGCCCUUCGAGCGCAGCAAGCACACCUGGCGGGGCGAGCCGGAGCUUGCUUGGGUCCUCUUCGAUGAACCGAAGCUUGAGUAAAAGCGUAUCAACCAGCAACCUAAGGAGAAGCUUUAAUGCCGAAGACAGCAUCCUUGCGCCGGGUGCUUUCUCAGCCAGCUCUGGACCUCGUUACUAUGGUCAAAAUGGCAGUGUUAAGAAGUUGAUCAUAAACAAGGACAUGCGCAGCGACCUGUUCUCGACCCCAACGAAGGAGAAGCCUUCUGCCGACCAGGCCAACGGCUCUCGCAAGCUGUCCAAGAGGGUCAGCUUUGACACUAGUACGAUGGACGCCCCCGACGGCGAUGACAAUGAAAGUGCCAUUGCGUCUACCCCCAGGGGUGGCGCGAUUGCACAGGACGCAACGCCCGCCGCUGCCAAUGUCAGCGGAGCCAAGCCAUCGACCGGAACUUCCACAGACUCGGACCCAAGCAAGGGCAAGGAGCUCGCCAUCGUUCAUGAGGAGGAGGCAUCUUCACAGCCUACCGAGGUUCAUAAGGAAGGCUUCGACGCGGCUCCUGGUGCCUAUUGGAUGAGCCCUACCAAGGAGGUUCUUGCUUCCAUGAACAGAGUGCAGCGUCAGCAAGUCACAGGCUUCACGGUGGGCAGGGACAACGUUGGUAGUGUACAGUUCAAGGUACCUGUUGAUCUUACAAACAUCGAUCUGGACGAGAUCUUUGGAGGCAUCGUCAUUCUGGAAACCCGGUCGGCGACUGUCUAUCCCAUUGCAGCCAAGAAGCCCCCCGUGGGCAAGGGCUUGAACGUUCCUGCUACUAUUUCCCUGGAGCAGUCUUGGCCGCGUGGUAGAGACAAGCGACCCAGCAACGAUGCCAAGCGAUUCCACAAGCACAUCGAGCGUCUCAAGCGCAUUGAGAACACGACGUUUGAAAGCUACGAUCCUGAGACAGGCGUUUGGAAGUUUUCGGUUGAACAUUUCACUACGUACGGUUUAGAUUACGACGAGGACGAGGACGAAGUUGAGCAGCCUGUUGAGGAGCCGUCCCGCGAAGAUUCGUCUUACAGCAAUGCAUCCCAGCAAGACUCGUAUGACUCUGAGUCAAGCCCCCAGGAAGACGACACCUUCGAUUUUCGCAGGAACAAACGUCGCGCCCUGCCCGGUGCAUUCGACUACCGGGACGAGGACUUCGGCGAGGCUGAAGAUGCGCAGCGCCCUUCUCAGCGCCAGUCUUUUUUAGGGGAUAGCUUCGCGGGUUCGGCGUCCAAUGCGCUAAUUUUGUCGACGGAAGAGGAGGUCGACGACCAGGACAACGGAUAUGGCAUGUCUGAGGAUGAGGACACGGUGGGAACCCCCCUCAGACGCCAUCUCGCCGCGGAGCAAACAAUCGACUCGCCAGAGAAUGAUGUUGUAGCCCCAGCAAGUGAAACACCGGGUGGCAUUCUUAGGGCUAGAAUGCGUGCACUCAAGGGCUCGGCUACGCCCAUGAAGCUUCAGGUUGCUGGGGGAGACGAGUGGAUGGAUAUGCUUCAACGCUCUGUCAGCCCUCAGAAGAGGGACAGAGCAUUGCUACGAAGCGUGAACGAGGCGGCAUUGCGGCCGGCUGCCGAGGAAGUUGAAGCAACAAGCCAGAAAGGCCGAAUUGUAUCGGACGGAUGCGGGUUCGCCACGAGCAUCGAUUUGAUGAACUCGCUGUUUGAGAAGGCCAAGGCGCCCUCUGCGUCUGCACCCUCUAGAGGAUUCGUUCAGGUUGGUGAACACUUCAUGGUCUAA